GAGGAGGAGGAGGAGGAGGAGAGCCAAGGCGGGGCUUUUCACUCCCGCGCGGUGUCGCGGCGUGGAGGAGGCUGGGUGCGCUUGCGCUGCGCCGCUGGGCGCAGUGCCCGGGGCGCGCGCGGUCCCCUCGGGGCGCCGCUGCGCGGCCUGGCCUGCGGGGCACGGGGCCAGCGCGCGGGGGGGCACCGGCCCGCGGCGGGACGCCCCGCUUGGGGGGCGAUCAUUGUGCGCUGCCCCUCCGAGGUUGGCACCAGCCGCGCCCCGGUCGGGUCUUGCGAGCCAGGGCUGGCUCUCGCUGAGGAUGGAGAGGGGGAGCAAGAGAGGCAGGAAGUAGGGAUUAGGAGAAGAAGGUGGAGGAGGUGGAGGAGGAGCACAGACACAGCAUUCUUAUGCGGGCAGGUGCCUUGACACUCCAGGGAAAAUGUUGGCAGUGUGCCAUUGAAGCACGCAGCAGCGUUAUCCUGCUAAAACCGCCGCCGCGCCGCUGGCGGGUUGUGGAGCGGCCUUGGGCUAAAACUAUGGCAGCACACGGGAAAGGAUCGGAGCAGCACAAAAACCAAGGAUCUCUGAGAUCCAGCUGUUCUGGAGGAUCUC